UACGCAUUCAUCUGUCCUACAAAGCUUAAAGAAGAAGAACGAGGGGGGGUGUCGACUUUGUAUGAAGACAACGGAGUGGUGGACUUGACGGGAUAAAACCAGAUCAUAUCCUCUUUUGAAGACAUUGGUCAAAUUGAUUGGAACCACCAUCCUCAACUCCCAGAUUCCCCCAAGGAUCUUGGAUGCUUGUAUCCAUCCGCUCAAUACUAAACAUUUCCGAGCAUUUCCGAACAUACGAGGAACGAAUCCGCAAAACCUUGGGAUCAAGUCAUGUCUCGCCGAAGAAGCCGGAGUCCAUCGCCGGUGCAGUUCUCACGCACCUGUAGCAGUACCGAUCCCCGGGAAAUGGAGCGAAGGAUUUUUGUUGGGAAUUUGCCGACAUCCGACAUGGAUAAGAAGGAUUUGGAAGAUCUUUUCAGUCCGUAUGGAAAGAUACUUGGCGUUUCCCUGUUACGUGGAUAUGGAUUUGUACAAUUUGAGCGUGUAGAGGAAGCUGAAGCUGCAAAGCUGGCCCAAAAGGGUCGAAUUUAUAAAGGUUAUAAAAUAGAUGUAAAUAUGGCAGUGGAGCGACGGUCCGCUAAACCUCAUUCCCAGCAGAGCCCUCCACGCAGACCAUAUGGCGGUUACGGGGACGGCAAGGAUCCCCGACCUCGGUCCCGCUCUCCAGUGUUCCCCCGUGAUAACCGAGAUCGCGAUGCACGUGAACCCCGAGAUCGUGAUUCCCGUGACGGGAGGGACCCUGGUAGAGAUUCCGGCCGAGAGCAAAGAACAGGAAGCCAUCCUCGCGACCAUGAGUACCGCUACCGCGGUUCGGAUAACCGAGACAAGGACCUGAGAGGCGGGCCGAGAGAUCCUGGCUACAACAGAGAGGAAUAUGACCGUUACUACCGUGGUGGAAAUCCCGCAGAUGACUACUUUGCCAGAAGGAAGGAUGACCCGUACAGGGACCAGUACAAAGACCCAUGGAAUGGGCGGCGUGAGGCUGAAGAUGACCGCGCCCGUCUUGAGGAGCGGCGGCGUAAUGAGCUCUAUCGACAGUACUAUGAAGAACUGCAGCGCCGACACGACACCGAACGCCCUGUUGACUGCUCUGUGAUCGUCGUCAACAAGGCACAGAACAGGGAGUAUGCUGAGACGGUCGGGCGCAAAGUCCAUGACUUGGGCAUGGUAGUGGACCUCAUCUUCCUCAACACCGAGGUGUCCCUGACUCAGGCGCUGGAGGAUGUGGGCCGCGCUCGCACUCCGUUUGCCAUCAUCAUUACCCAGCAGCAUCAGGUGCACCGAUCCUGCACGGUCAACAUCCUGUUUGGCACGCCUCAAGAGCACCGGAACAUGCCGAUGCAGGACGCCAUGAUGCUGAUCGGCCACAAUUAUGACGCCUACAAGAUGGAGACCCGCGAGAAGGAUCGCGAGGAGAUCGCCCGCAAGGCUGCCAAAAUGGCAGAUGACGUGCUGCUCCGUGAGCCUGACCGCGAGAGCCACCCCGUCUCCGUGCUAACGUCCAUCACGCUGCUCACAGAGAACAGGUUUUUGACGCCCGAGGAACUGGAAGGUCUGAUUGUGUACCUCACUGACAAACGGGCGCGGCUGACAAGAAAUCCAGCGGACCCUCACACAGCUGUGGCCCUUCCCGCCACUGCUGAGGCGCAACCCUCGGCCACAGGACUGCCUGUGGUGGGUGCGAUGGGUGUGGCGCCGGCGGCGGUAUUGCCUCCUGGGUUUUCUGCCCGCCCAAUGCCACAACCGGCCAGCCACAUGGCACCGCACUCUGGCCUCAUGGCGCCCCAGCCUGGUCUAAUGGCACCACAGCAGUCUAGCCACAUGGCGGUUCAGUCCAACCCCAUGGCGGUUCAGUCCAACCCCAUGGCCGUUCAGUCCAACCCCAUGGCAGUUCAGUCCAAUCCCAUGGCCGUUCAGACCAACCCCAUGUCCGUGCAGUCCAGCCCCAUGGCGGCGCAAUCGGCCCACAUGGCACCACUGUCGACUCCUCUCAGCACGCAGACCAACCCCAACCAGGAGCUCCAGGCCAAGAUCCUCAGUCUUUUUAAAAACAACUCGAGCUUGCAGGGAAGCGCUUCAGGCUCCUCCUCUACUACCGCCGUCCAGUCCCAGGACUACAGUUCGGUGCGCCCCGGUGGGGCGGCAGCUCAGGGCUACGGCGCCCCCAUGGGGCGCAACGCCUCUGCCGCCGCCUCUGCAGGUGGUCUGAGAGCCGCCAACUCUACCGGUGGUAUCAAUUUUGAUAACCCGAGUGUCCAGAAAGCUCUGGACACUCUCAUCCAGAGUGGACCGGCUCUCAACCACCUGAUGAACUCCGGCACCCUGCCAACUCAACAACAACAGCAGCAGUCACAACAACAACAGCAGCAGCAGCCACAACAACAACAACAAAUGCAACACCAGUCCCAAUUGCACCUCCAACAACAACAACAGCAGCAGCUUCCACCAGUUAGACCAGCAGCCAACAUGGGCCAGAUGACACAAAUGUACCCUCGACAUUACUGAGUAAUAGGAAACGUUAUAGACAUGUUUUGUAAACGAUUUUAACCUUUGUUGUUGUUGUUAUUUUUUUUAUCUUUGUGAAAAUUUACAUCCCAUGCUUGUGAGGUCAAUGUUCUGUUGGUUUUAGGACAAUUCUGCGGUCUUCUCCCAGCACGUGAAUGUUUCAGUUCAAAGACUGCUCUUUCUCCUUUUUAUGUAUUCAUUCAAAAAAAUGUCACCACACAACUGCUGUAAUAAAAUGGUAUUGGUUUAUUGCAUUUUGUGCUGACAAAUCUAUAAAAUAGAAUGAGUAUCAUAGCCAGAAGCCAUAGAGAGAAGCAUUUGAAAUGUAAGAUAAAACUACUCUUUCCUUUUUUUUUUUUAAAUGUACCAUGAAACACAAUAGAGAUUACAUGUUGACUUUUUUCCAAUUUUUUUCAAACCGUAGAAUAUUUAACUUCCACGAACACAGAAAAUAAACAUUUCCACACUCACUGUAUUUAAUUUAUUUACAUGUAGCCCACCCUCUCACCACCACCAGCCCCCUCCCCCUAGCACAUGUGCAAAACACACCCCACGAAACCGAAAGGAACAAUACCACACAAUGACCGGUUCUCAAUGGCAAAACUCUUUCGUCGCUGUGACUUGUGUGUUUGCAAUACAUAACCUACACUACAUUUCAGGCAUCCAUAUAGUGUUUCCCAUGACUCCAGUGAAUUAAAAACAAGGUCGGCAUUAUUGGCAUGUACCAAAGCUGCCAACAUUUUAAAUAUAAAAACAAGAUUCAGAAAGUUAGCAUUAAUGCUCUUUGCAUUUUUUUUAUUCGUAUGGCAAAGAUGAGAGAUAUUAAGCACAGCAUACCUUUGACCUUUUAGUGUUAACAACAAAAUGCUGAUCCUGUCUCGAUCAGUGGAGUCAUCUCAAUAAAUGGAUACAUUUCAGUAGUUCUAUUUCAAAAGUAAAAUGAGGUCAGAGAAAUAUAUGCGGACUUUGUAUAAUUAAACAAUUGUUACAGCUUAGAGCUUCUCAAGAAAUUACCUACAUUUUGGAAAUA